CGGCUGCGCUGGACAACAAGGGAGGGGGCGUGGGCCGGAGGCUCUGCCGCGCGGCCGGCGGGCGGGCGGGACAGCGGGGACGCGCGGGCACAGAGCAGGACGGCGGGACGGCCGGCCCUCCCGGCCGGAGCCCGCGGGCGCGGCGGGGCGGCGGCCCCGGGGCAGGCGCCGACCCCCGGCAGCAGCAUGUCAUGGUUUAGUGGCCUCCUGGUUCCCAAGGUGGAUGAACGGAAAACAGCUUGGGGGGAACGCAAUGGGCAGAAGCGCCCACGCCACGCGACUCGAGCCAGUGGCUUCUGCACACCCCGCUACAUGAGUUGCCUCAAGAAUGCAGAGCCACCCAGCCCCACUCCCGUGGCUCACCCUAGGUGCCCCUGGCAGGAUGAAGCCUUCAUCAGGAGGGCGGGCCCGGGCAGGGGUAUGGAGCUGGGGCUGCGGUCAGUGGCCUUGGGUUUUGAUGACACUGAGGUGACCACACCGAUGGGGACAGCUGAAGUGGCACCCGAUACAUCGCCUCGGAGGGGUCCGUCCUGCUGGCACCGGCUCGUGCAGGUGUUCCAGUCUAAGCAGUUCCGCUCUGCCAAGCUGGAGCGUCUGUACCAGCGGUACUUCUUCCAGAUGAACCAGAGCAGCCUCACGUUGCUCAUGGCGGUGCUGGUGCUGCUCACGGCUGUCCUGUUGACCUUCCACGCUGCGCCUGCUCAGCCUCAGCCUGCCUACGUGGCCCUGCUGACCUGUGCCUCCAUCCUUUUUGUGGUACUCAUGAUAGUGUGUAACCGACAUAGUUUCCGCCAGGACUCCAUGUGGGUGGUGAGCUAUGUGGUUCUGGGCAUCCUAGCAGCCGUGCAAGUCGGGGGUGCCCUGGCGGCCAACCCACACAGCCCUUCGGCAGGCCUUUGGUGCCCCGUGUUCUUCGUCUACAUCACGUACACGCUUCUUCCCAUUCGCAUGCGAGCGGCAGUGCUCAGCGGCCUGGGCCUUUCCACUCUGCAUUUGAUUUUGGCCUGGCAGCUCAACACCGGUGACCCCUUCCUUUGGAAGCAGCUUGGUGCUAACGUGGUGCUCUUCCUCUGCACCAAUGCCAUCGGUGUCUGCACACACUACCCGGCUGAAGUGUCUCAGCGCCAAGCCUUUCAGGAGACCCGAGGUUACAUCCAGGCACGGCUGCACCUGCAGCAUGAGAAUCGUCAGCAGGAACGGCUGCUGCUAUCGGUGUUGCCCCAGCAUGUUGCCAUGGAGAUGAAAGAAGACAUCAACACAAAAAAAGAAGACAUGAUGUUCCACAAGAUCUACAUCCAGAAGCAUGAUAAUGUCAGCAUCCUGUUUGCAGACAUUGAGGGCUUCACCAGCCUGGCCUCCCAGUGCACUGCACAGGAACUCGUCAUGACCUUGAAUGAGCUCUUCGCCCGGUUUGACAAGCUGGCCGCGGAAAAUCACUGUCUGAGGAUCAAGAUCUUAGGAGACUGUUACUACUGUGUGUCAGGGCUGCCAGAGGCCCGGGCGGACCAUGCCCACUGCUGUGUGGAGAUGGGGGUGGACAUGAUUGAGGCGAUCUCGCUGGUGCGUGAGGUAACAGGUGUGAACGUGAACAUGCGUGUGGGCAUCCACAGCGGACGUGUGCAUUGCGGUGUCCUUGGUCUGAGGAAAUGGCAAUUCGAUGUCUGGUCCAAUGAUGUGACCCUGGCCAACCACAUGGAGGCCGGGGGCCGGGCUGGCCGCAUCCACAUCACUCGGGCCACGCUGCAGUACCUGAAUGGUGACUAUGAGGUGGAGCCAGGUCGCGGUGGUGAGCGCAACGCAUACCUCAAGGAGCAGUGCAUCGAGACCUUCCUCAUACUAGGCGCCAGCCAAAAACGGAAAGAGGAGAAGGCCACGCUGGCCAAGCUGCAGCGGACGCGGGCCAACUCCAUGGAAGGACUGAUGCCACGCUGGGUUCCUGACCGUGCCUUCUCCCGGACCAAGGACUCUAAGGCAUUCCGCCAGAUGGGCAUCGAUGACUCUAGCAAAGACAACCGGGGUGCCCAAGAUGCUCUGAACCCUGAAGAUGAGGUGGAUGAGUUCCUGGGCCGAGCCAUCGAUGCCCGAAGCAUCGACCAGCUGCGUAAGGACCAUGUGCGCCGGUUCCUGCUCACCUUCCAGAGAGAGGAUCUUGAGAAGAAGUAUUCACGGAAAGUUGAUCCUCGUUUUGGAGCCUACGUCGCCUGUGCCCUCCUGGUUUUUUGCUUCAUCUGUUUCAUCCAGCUCCUUGUAUUCCCAUACUCCACCCUGAUACUUGGGGUUUAUGCCUGUAUCUUCCUGCUGUUGCUGGUCACCGUGCUGAUCUGUGCUGUGUGCUCCUGUGGUUCUCUCUUCCCCAAGGCCCUGCAACGUCUGUCCCGAAGUAUCGUCCGUUCACGGGUGCACAGCACAGCGGUCGGUGUCUUCUCGGUUCUGCUUGUGUUCAUCUCUGCCAUCGUCAACAUGUUCACCUGUAAUCACACCCCAAUAAGGACCUGUGCGGCCCGGAUGCUGAACUUAACACCAGCGGAUGUCACCGCCUGCCACCUACGGCAGCUCAAUUACUCUCUGGGACUGGAUGCUCCCCUGUGUGAGGGCACCGCACCCACCUGCAGCUUCCCUGAGUACUUUGUCGGGAAUGUGCUGCUGAGUCUCCUGGCCAGCUCUGUCUUCCUACACAUCAGCAGCAUUGGCAAGCUGGCUAUGACCUUUGUCUUGGGGUUCAUCUAUUUGGUUCUGCUUUUGCUGGGCCCUCCAGCCACCAUCUUUGACAACUAUGAUCUACUGCUUGGCGUCCAUGGCUUGGCUUCCUCCAAUGAGACUUUUGAUGGGCUGGACUGCCCAGCUGUAGGGAGGGUAGCGCUCAAAUAUAUGACCCCAGUGAUUCUGCUGGUGUUUGCCCUGGCAUUGUAUCUACAUGCACAACAGGUGGAAUCUACUGCCCGCCUGGACUUCCUGUGGAAACUACAGGCCACAGGGGAGAAGGAGGAGAUGGAGGAGCUACAGGCAUACAACCGGCGGCUGCUACAUAACAUUCUUCCCAAGGACGUGGCUGCCCACUUCCUGGCCCGAGAGCGCCGCAACGACGAGCUGUACUACCAGUCGUGUGAAUGUGUGGCCGUCAUGUUUGCCUCCAUUGCCAACUUCUCGGAGUUCUACGUGGAACUCGAGGCAAACAAUGAGGGCGUGGAGUGCCUGCGGCUGCUCAAUGAAAUCAUCGCAGACUUUGAUGAGAUCAUCAGUGAGGAAAGGUUCCGGCAGCUGGAGAAGAUCAAGACAAUCGGUAGCACCUACAUGGCCGCCUCUGGACUAAAUGCCAGCACCUAUGACCAGGUCGGCCGCUCACACAUCACCGCCCUGGCCGACUAUGCCAUGCGGCUCAUGGAGCAGAUGAAGCACAUCAACGAACAUUCUUUCAACAAUUUCCAGAUGAAGAUCGGGUUGAACAUGGGUCCGGUUGUAGCAGGUGUCAUUGGGGCCCGGAAGCCACAGUAUGACAUCUGGGGAAAUACGGUGAAUGUUUCCAGUCGUAUGGACAGCACAGGAGUUCCUGACCGAAUACAGGUAACCACGGACCUGUACCAGGUUCUAGCUGCCAAGGGCUACCAACUGGAGUGUCGAGGGGUGGUCAAGGUGAAGGGAAAAGGAGAGAUGACCACCUACUUCCUCAAUGGGGGCCCCAGCAGUUAGCAGAGUGCAACAGCAGAGAUUUGACCGAAGGGACCAAGGUGGGCAUUGAGUGGACUUUCUGCUCGCUGGGUGGAGCUGUGGCAGAGAGCACUGAGCCUUCAGAUCUUGCUGAAGGCAAAAGGGAACACCCACCCCAGCAGGUUGUGCUUGGACCAUGUUCGUCUGCCUUCAGAAUGGUGAAGGAGGGGACGCCAAAUGACUCUCUUAAUCGGAGUAGGGCUGUUCGUUUGCAUUUGGGGGGGUGCAGAUAAGAGAACAGGCUGGGAGCCUCCUGUUUGAGAGUAAAAUGGCAACUCACUAUGCCUACUGUUCCCCUGUCUGGGCAACAGGCUCAGGGCUGGGUUCUUUCUUUCCCUAUUUUUCCUGGGACUACUUUUGUACAAAGACUGUGGCAGGCAUGAAGAACAAGCACCUUUGCUUGCCCGUGUCCGCAGCACUGUUCUUGGGCACACCCAGUGCCAGCCAAGUCUCCUUCCUAGGCACAAGGUGGAGGAAGGAGACACUGUGGGACCCAGCUCUGACCAUAUUUCAGGGGGAUGUUUCCAUUUGCCAAAUCCUAGUCCCGUGAUCUGUCCCCAAAGGGGAACAAAGGGACCUCUGACAGUGAAGAUUCAGCCCCAAUUCCUGCAUGCUCCAGGGAAAGGGGCAUCUGACCUCACUGGUACUGUGAAAAUGACCAGCCAGUGAGCAAGCCUGUGUGUGAGGUCAUCAGAAGAACAGGAACUGGACAUUCACCUGCAGGUGCCGAAGAAUGCAGGCAGCCCGGGAGGAGGCGGCAGUGGAGGCCACACUGACCUGAGGCUCCAGUGUGCCCACAUGCUCACUUGCUGUCUUGCUGGCAGGGGGCCUGGAGCGUCUCUACCCCUUGUAUUGCCAAAUAGCAAAAGGGUCAGGGUUCCAAGAAAGAUGGCCCUGACCCCAAACCUGGCCUCCUAAGUCUGGCACUAGGGAGGCCCUGUGCGUUUGUGUAACUGUGUGCAUGUUGCUUCCGUGUGUGUGUGUGUGUGUGUGUGUGUGUGUGUGUGUGUGUGUUUGAGGUCUCCAUGUGUCUCCACUGGGGACCUGGGGACCGCCUCUCUCCCAGGGGCCUCUGUCUUCUGGUGUCAAGGCAGGGUUUCCUAUGCCAAGGGAUGGAGAGUAAAGCCCAGGUUGCACAGAAGUGGGAUGGGGCUUGGUAGUAAAAUGAGAGUGGUCUGGAGAGAGGAGUCCUUUUUGUGCCAAAUCCCUAAGUGCCAUUUGGAGGCCACAUGUGCAGUACGACUGUCUCCCUGCCUAGGGCAGGGACCCAGCAUCUGCUUAAUCUCUAGUGUUCCUUGGACUUGAACUGGUGGAGGUUCGUGGGUGGAGACUCAGGCAUUUCCUGGGUUCCACAACUUGUGUCUUGGGGGCAUGGUAUGCUUUCUGACUGGCAUAGUGUGGGAUCCCUCUUUGAGGACCCAGAAUUUGGUACUAGGGGGAUGGAGCCUAGGAGCUUGGAACUUGGCUGUCCAAGCCUGCCUCUUAUCCUUGCAGCCUCCCUGACUCUGGUCUGAAUUAGCGGGUGCCUUGGUUUCUCUGUCUGCACCAAUUUAAGCCAGAGGCAUUCCGCCUCCAUUUUGAUUGACGAUCACUUUGUCUUAGAUGUGGACAAGAAGGGCAGAGGAGAGAGUUUCAGGAGGUGUGGAAGGAGCAGGCUGUACUUUUGCCCUUCCUCAAGCUUCUGCCGCCAGUUCUCUGCAGAGGCCUGGUUUCUGGCUUGGUACUGCUUUCCUGGGAAUCUCCACGUACCAGUCGAUGGACCACUGGGCGUUUGAUUAUCCAAGGCAGGGGAGAAGAAGAUUAGCUGGUCCAGGCAGAAAAUUGCCUGUCUCCCCAGCCAUAUCCUAUCUCUGGAUAGGAAGGGACUA